CAGCAAAUGGAUGCUCUAAUACCGACAAUCUACACCUACCGAACCUUUGUCUCAAUCAAAAUGCUGCUCCUCCGUCUUCUCGUGGCAGUCCUCUUCCAUCUGCCAGUCGUGCUCUCAAUGCCCUACUUUCCUACGCAUCAUCUUGGUCUUCGUGAUGGAAAUAUGGCGAUCAAUCCUCCUGUGCCUCCAACCACUAUCCCCCCUUCGAUUCCACCGUCAUUACCUCCACCGUCAACUACACCGAUUCCAAUCCCGACAACAACUGGAGAUUAUUGGAGGGAAAUGUGCAAACCGGGUGCUGAAUGCGACUGCACUCGCAUCAAGGACAAAAACGGCGAAGAAUACUUCCAAUGUGUCACCAACCCUCGUUGCGAUCACUGCUGGAUCAAUCUAACCGCUACUACAACGACUACAACUCGCCCCCUCCCAUUUACAUCUGUUACUCCCGUAACGAACUUUCUCAGAACGGAUUAUCAGACUCUCUUGCCGGGCACUUAUACUAGCUCUUCUGGCGGGACAGCCCAUGUAGUGAUAGUGCAGCAGCCCUCUCAGUCGAUUUCUAUAAGCGUCGUGACGGCAACUGUGACUGAUUUGGUGACGAUUUCUGUGACCCCUUUCUGUGGUCCCUCUUUUGGCGGUUCAACAGCGACGGCGUCUCCGUCUGUGGAUUUUCAACCGGGUGUGGAAUGGAAGAGAUGAAUUGGGUGGUAUAGGCUAAUAUGGGAGAAUGAGAAUGAAGAUUGUGUAAGAAGAAAAUUGAAAAAAAUUGAUUAUUCAAAAUCGAUGAUUUGAAGGUGUUAAUCAUGGUGGUUUCCUUCACUGCUAGAUGUCUUUUAGAUACAAUAGCCAAGAAAAGGCGUCUUUAAUGGGUUUAAGAAGCGACUUAUUCUUUACAAAUCCUGUU